GAGGGGAAGGAGGAGAGGGAUCUGCAGAAAGUGAGGGAAGGAGGUGGGGAGCUGGAGGUGGAGUAAUCCUGCAGAAUCUGAGCUGCUGUGCUCAGCUCUGGGGAUGUAAAUUGAUGAGGUCAUAGUGUUUGCCACUUACAGAAAAGAAAGUUUUAAAGGGGAAAAAAAAAAAAGUCUCCAAGUUGUUUUUUGAGAGAGGCGAAACCUCCGAGAAGCCGAAGGAAUGGAGCAACUUGUGAAACUCCUCCUGUGGCAGAUUUUGCUUCAGCAAAGUUCUGUGUGCUCAUAUUCAGUGCCAGCCGACGCCUCCAACCCCUCCAGCGUGGUGGUGUCAGUGCUGAACAUCAGCGCAGCCCUGGGCUCCCAGGCCGUGCUGCCCUGCCAGAGCCACCGCAUGGUGUGGACGCAGGACCGGCUCAAGGACCGGCAGCGCGUGGUGCACUGGGACCUGCUCAGCUCCCACUACGGGGACAGCAGGAUGGAGAGGCUCUGUGACAUGUACUCGGCUGGGGAGCAGCGUGUCUACAGCUCCUACAACCGCGGCAGGAUCCUCAUGCCCCAGAACGCCUUUGCUGAUGGGAACUUUUCACUGGUCAUUAAAGGUGUUGCAGAGAGUGAUGAAGGCACAUAUUCCUGUAAUCUUCACCACCACUACUGCCACUUGUACGAAACGGUGAAAAUCCAGCUGCGCGUUGCCAAGAGAGGUGAGCCGGGCGGCGAGUACUGGGACGGCGAGAAGCCGGUGCUGGUGGCGCCGCCGGGCAGCACGGUGAGCCUGCCGUGCGUGAACCGGCAGCACGUCUGGACGGAGCGGCACAGCGAGGAGGAGCAGCAGGUGGUGCACUGGGACCGGCAGGCGCCCGGGGUGCCGCAGGACCGCGCCGACCGCCUGGUGGAUCUGUACGCGUCCGGCGAGCGCCGCUCCUACGGGCCGCAGUUCGUGCGGCAGAAGAUGAACGUGAGCCGCAGGGCGUUCGCGCUCGGGGACUUCUCGCUGCGCAUCUCGCAGCUGGACAGCGCCGACGAGGGCACCUACUCGUGCCACCUGCACCACCACUACUGCGGGCUGCACGAGCGCAGGAUCUACCGCCUGACGGUCACCGAGCCGCGGAGCGACAGCCGGGCGGGCAACGGCACCGGCAGCCUGCCGCCGGCCGCGGAUCCCAACGUGGUCAGGGGCCACAAUGUCAUCAAUGUCAUCAUCCCUGAGAGCAGGCUGCACUUUUUCCAGCAGCUGGGAUACAUCCUGGCCACUCUGCUGCUCUUCCUCAUCCUCCUCAUCAUCGUGAUCCUGGUCACACGCAGGCGCCGGCAGAGAGGUUAUGAGUACAACGUGAAGAAAUAUGGAGAGAAGGAUGUGAAUCUUAAAGAAUUUACAGUGGACACGACAGAUCUGAGCCCACACAAGAGUGAAGACAUCAGGCUGGAUUACAAAAACAACAUCCUGAAGGAGAAGGCUGAGCAAGCCAGAGGCUUCCCAGCAAAGAACAUUGACUUAGACAAAGAUUUCAGGAAGGAAUAUUGUAAAUGAAGACACUCCCAAGCUGCUGGCUGGACCAGAAGCUUCCAUCAGAGAUAGAUAACGUGGAAGAGAGAUGCUUUUCCUUAAUUCCAUCUCCCUUCAGUUCCCAUAGAAUUUUUUCCACAUCCACUUUUCCCCCACACAAGGGUGCAAAUGCUUCAUGAAAGAGUUAAACUGUCUUGUGUGCAUUUAUGGGGUUGGGUUGCCUUUCCUUCCUCUGUUCUCCCAACCCUCCCUUCCCCUUUUCUUUCUUGACAAUUAUUGUUGGAUUUUAUGCAUCAAUGAUUUUUAUGAGCUGAAUCAGCAGAGGUUUUGCUUUGAUGUUAUUGCUUUGAAUAAAACCACCUGCAUCACUAA